AUGGAUAUAGAUAAGGAGAAGCAGCAGCAGCAGCAGCCGAACGCACAGCAAAGCGAAAUGCGGAGAAUCGGGUCCGAUGAUCGGGGGACACCUCUACGAGAGACAACGUUGACAAGCAGAUCACAAUGGCAAAAAGUAUAUGCACGUUCCUCAAUCAAGAGCUGCACUACUUACCCCCGGGAUCUCUCUCAGCCUGGGCAGGCCAAUCGCGACUCGCUCGAUCUGUACUGCAUCGACAUUACUGAACGAUCGGCCCCCUAUCCGCCAAAAGAUCUACCUGAUCUGACUCUGGAGCCUUUGCUGGACUCGAUUCCCGCCUGUCGGUUCGAUUCAUCUGGAGCCUUCUGGUGUCCCUCGGGAGUCCAACCUGUGUCUAUCGGCCCACUUCGCAGACUAUCGGGACGAAGGAGAUCAAGAAGUCGCUCUCGGGACAGGCGGAUCAAGGACAGAAAUGACAAGGAUGAUACCAAAGAGGUGAUAAAAAUUGAAGAUGAUGAGGAAGAUGAAAAAAAUCGUCUGGAAAAACCUCCUGACACGGGAUCUGGCGGCGAGGCUAAUAACAACAAGGAAAAAAAGGAGCCUCUUUCACUGGAAGAGCUUCUUGCCAGGAAAAAAGCGGAAGAAGAGGCCAAGACUAAGCCAGUGUUUCUCACUAAGGAACAGCGCGCAGCUGAAGCGAUGAAGAGACGGCAACAAGAAAUUGAAGAACAGAGAAAGCGGAUGGAUGAAGAAAGGCAAAACAGACAACAGUUCCUUGAUGAGGUUCGUUCUAGAGGUCGCAAUGAUGAACGCGAACGAGAGCGACGGCGUGAAGAGAGACGCCGAGCUGAAGAAGAGCGUAAAGAGCCGAUGCCGGGAAUGAGUUCUCAAAGAGAUCGAGCCAGAGAACACGAGGCCAUUAAGGAGCGUUAUUUGGGCAUCGUUAAGAAAAAGCGACGAAUCCGGAAACUUAACGAUAAGAAAUUCGUAUUCGACUGGGACGCCUCUGAGGACACAGGGAAUGAUUAUAACCCUCUUUAUAAGGAACGACAUACUGUGCAGCUCUUUGGCCGUGGACACGUAGCUGGAAUCGAUAUAAAACAACAGAAAAAAGAGCAAAGUAAAUUUUAUGGUGAACUUCUUGAGGCCAGAAGAACAAAACAGGAGAAGGAGCAAGAACUAGUUCGUUUGAAGAAGCUCAAAAAUCGGGAAGAAAAGCAGAAAUGGGAUGAUCGCCACUGGACUCAGAAGGAAGUCACAGAGAUGACAGAGAGAGAUUGGCGGAUUUUCCGAGAAGACUUCAAUAUUUCCAUUAAAGGUGGAUUUAUCUUUCCUCUUAACUUAACUAAGUUUACAUAA